UUAGAAAAUAUAGGCAACCACACUGGCAACUGUGCAUGUGAGUGUUUGUGUGUGUGAAAUUAGAGGGACAUACAUACAAAAAAAGAGAAAUUUUUAAAGAUAUAAUAGGUACAGACUCUAAAAUAAGAAUAUGUACCUCAAGGUUUGAAUUUGAAUUGAAGGUCUAACUGUUGCAUUCAGCUGUUACACGCAAGUUUAAGGACCUUCUGAACUUAGAAUCACAUGUAGUAGUAGAAUUCGCUCAAAUUGUCAAUAUUGGUACAUGCAUUUUUCACCUCUUACUCUUUCAGCAUUGACAGAUUAGAAAUUAAAUGGACUGAUUGUUUAUAUUUCUCUAUAGUCACGUCAUUAGAAAUAUACACUAGAAAUAUAAAGUGACAUAGCAAUAGAUUCUGCAAGACUCUAGCUGCUCCCAUUGUGCCCACAUCACUGCAGCUGAUCACAACAGGUGAAAAAGCAGGCUAAAACCGCAGUACAUAAAACCUCAGCUGCACUCCUGCUGCCAUACAGUGGACACCGCUGCAGACCAAAGUCAACAAUGAAGCUCUUCAUGUGUUGUCUGAUACUUCUUCCAUUUGCGACUACAGCCCAAAUCAGAGCCCGCAGAGAAGAUGUUUUGAGCUUCCUGAACGAUGCACUUGGCACAACUACGGAAAAGACCAUAUCUGCAAAUAUCACGGCAUAUAGAAACCCUCCCAGUAAACCUGUGAAAGAGCAAGAUUCUGAAGAAGUAGAUAUGUCAGAGGCAAAAUCUACAGAGAUUUUUGACACCGAUGGAGUUACAGAACCUGGAGUAUCCGAUACAAACCUUGAAGGUGAAAGCAGAGAUGCAUUCAAAGACCUUGACAGCUACGAGAUCACGAUUCCUAAAGCUGUAGAGAAAGAUAAGGCAAGAUCAAAGAGGAAAAUGGGAGUGGACAAAGACAAUAUGGGGCAGAUGGAUAUGAGCAGCAAACUGGUUUGGGACUAUGGAAGCAGAGGGUACAGUGGACCACAAGGGGCCUUGGUGGAGGUACACCAAGCAAGCAGAGAGCACAUUGAUCUUAUCAGUGAGGAAGGAGUGAUGGUGAGUUCUCAAGAGGCUGGAAAUUUGCAGAGAAAACAAGUUAGCCAUUUUAGUGGAGACCAAGUGACUGACAGCGCCAGUCAAGGCAUCGACCUCCAAAGAAAGGCUUCAUCAGGAAGAGCUGCUGGGUUGAAUGGUAUGUUGGCCCCGGGCCGAAGCAGAGAACUGCUGGAUCAGGACAGUUUGGAGGACAACAAUGGCAGACCUGCUGCAGUCGGCAACAGCAGAGAUAUAGACUAUGAUGAAACCAAAGAAUUUAUUAGCUCUGAAACGUAUCCAUUAGCACCUCCACAGCACAUGCCCAGUAGCUUCUCUGCUCCAGCCAAUAUUCAAGCCUCUUGAUGAUUGUACAACGAUUCUAUUUCUUCUUCAUUAUGAGUCAGUGGCUGCCAUCUGUUGACUCAUAUGAAGCAGACAGGCUUCUUCCAAAUGCAGUCACUCCUUGG